CUUUGAGUAUCUCGAAAGCCUCCCUGGUACAGUCUUUUUCAAACUCUACCAGCAGCCAUCAACCGCCCUCGCCAUCUUCAGGCGCAUGCUGCCUGACCUGGGUACGUGGUCGGCAUCUGUUCCCCCGGCGCCGCUGCGUUCUCACUGACUGCAUCUUCAGCCAAAUGCUUUGUGAUGGCGCUUCUCUACCUGAAGGAUCCGCUUCCCGCAGCGGAUCUGGAGGUUUGGGUCAAGUCCGAAAGCUUGAAAGAACGGGAUAAUGCGCUCUCCAUUCUAGGAAGGCUGCAUAUCCUGUCCAAUACCCUCACAGCGGACAAUGUUCGAGCCUACAUGGUCACCGAUCCGUUUGCCACCUCGUUGCGAAACGCGCUCACCGGUGCCGACCAGACCCAAUCAUUUGGUGUCCUCUCACACGUCCCUAGUGGCUCGGAAGUCUCGAUCGCCGGCUUGGAUGAAUACGCGCGACGGCAGUGGGAAGGAGUUCUGGGAUACAUGGUCGGGACCGGCGGCUUGGGCGCCCAGCGUGAGGUGACCCUGAGCAAAGGCGUGAAGGAGCUCCUGCAGGCGGGCCACCUGGUGGAGAUCAGAGACCGUCGUGUGGAAAUCACCCAGGACGGCUUUGCCUUUGUUUUGCAAGACGUCAGCACCCAGGUGUGGCAUAUUCUGAUCCUCUACGUCGAAAGCGCAACCGCCAUUGGGAUGGACAGUGUUGAGGUCCUCUCGUUCGUUUUCCUUCUGAGCAGUCUCGAACUCGGAAAAUCCUACGAGAAGAACCACCUUACACCCAAACAACUCCGCAUGCUCACCGACCUGGCCGACUUCGGUAUCGUCUACCAAGAGUCGCCUGAUGCGCCGCGGUUCUACCCCACCCGUCUCGCGACCACGCUUACUUCCGACUCCAGUGCUCUCAGCAACCCGAUCCUGGGCGCCCUAUCCGGUCCCACUGGCGAUCCCUCCAGCAAGGCGGGCACGGGCUUCAUCAUCAUCGAAACCAAUUACCGUGUCUACGCUUACACCUCCUCCCCGCUGCAGAUCUCUCUGAUCGCCCUUUUCACCACCUUGAAAUACCGCUUCCCCAACCUCAUCACCGGCAAGAUCACCCGCCAGUCUGUCCGCCGCGCCGUCGAAAUGGGCAUCACCGCCGACCAGAUCAUCUCGUAUCUCUCUACCCACGCGCACCCUCAAAUGCGCAAGCACAACGUCUCCCGCUCCACAUCGAACCAGGCGGGGAUUCCUCCCUCGGUUCUCCCGCCCACGGUGGUCGACCAGAUUCGCCUGUGGCAACUGGAGCGUGACCGCGUCAAGGCCACAUCAGGAUUCCUGUUCAAGGACUUCGUCAGUAUGGCCGAGUACGAAGCCCCGUGCCGCUAUGCGGAGGAAAUCGGCGUUCUCGCGUGGAAGUCCGAUCAGAAACGGAUGUUCUUCGUGACGCGACAUGAACAAGUCGCGGCGUUCUUGCGGAGCCGGAAGUGAGGGGCAGGAUAUCUAACCACCCACGACGGCGUUUUUCCUAUGAUCUUGUGUGCUUUGGCUUACUGCGUUGCAUAGAGGUACGGCCUGGCGUUAUGGCUCCCGGGGGGGACAAUUUAUGAAAUGAUGAUGCAUGGCUCUUGAUCCGGACAUGGAUAUCGGGGUUCUCGAAUUGUACAUUAAAUAGCAAAAUCCCAAACGAAGGAAACGGGACACAACAAAACCAUACAAAACAUUUG